AUGGCCUUCGAGACUAAAGCCACGAUCACCACCUUCGGAGCUGGGCCUUGCCCUCGUCUGGCCCGAUACCUCCCCCGCGGCCUCAACCUUCCCGGCGAAGAUGACAGCUGGGACUUUGGCUCCGCUGCCGGCUUUUACGUCGACGCCAAGCAGGAGCCGUGGACCAAGGGCUACAACAUGGAGUCCUACGUCGUCAAGGAACUCCAAGAUCUCGUCUUCAGCGAGUUCAAGCAGCUCGACCGGUCCCGUGUCUCCAUCACGGGUCACUCUAUGGGUGGCCACGGCGCCUUGACCCUCUACCUCAAGAACCCCGGAAUGUUCAAGAGCGCCUUCACUGGGUAUCUCGGUGAGGAUAGGGAGGAGUGGAAGAAGCAUGAUGCUACCGAGCUCGUCAAGGGCUGGAAGGGUCCCUUGAACUGCCUCAUUGAUGUUGGUACCGGUGACAACUUCUACAAGCAAAACCAGCUCCUACCCGAGAACUUUGAGCAAGUUGUCAAGGAUACCGGCAUUCAGGGCCUCGAGACCCGCUACCAAGAGGGCUACGACCACUCUUACUUUUAUCUCGACCUUUGGUGA